AUAAAAGUAGACGAUUUGUGCUUACAACCUUGUCAAAGAUUAUUGAAUUCGAGAAUGCGUUAUAUCAAACUCUAUAUUUUACCGCUUGAGACACACUCGAGUGGGUUUUUUUUUCUGAUAAUGGUGAUUGAGCCGCCAUUUAUGGUUUAUCAAAGGGUUAGUUUAGGCUAUCAUUAACUAUCCAUCUAGUCCCUCUGUUCUUAAUUCUAAUGAGGACCAUUGGGAAAACAUCAUCUCUUUCUUUCUCCAAAUGCUUUCCUAAAAUCAUACCACUAGCCAAAGUGUAAGGUAAGUUGCAACCUCUUUUUAUAUAAUAGUCUCUGCUGUCUGCUCCCUUUCUUUAUAUACAGAAUUUCAUUUCCUCCUCCACUUCUUUAUGCAACCUUUCCCUUUUCCCUCUGGUACAGAGCUGCCCCUUCCUCUGUUUUUGCUGCAUUGCUGAAAAAUUCUCAGAUUAAGCUAUGAGCGAAUCGACCCCGGCAACACCAGAGCCAUGGUUCCUAUACACAACCUCAGAUCCGCCGCCAUCUCAGCCUGCAGCAGCAACGGGAGGUGGUGCCACGGUGAUCAUCGACCGCGGCGAAGCUCCGUGGAAGAGCUUUGGCACAUCGAUGAACGCAAUCUCUUUUGGGUUCGUAGCCACAGCGAUACUGAUCUCGAUGUUCCUCAUAAUGGCCAUCUUCGAGCAUCUCUUCCGGCCAAGCAAUCCAUCAUCCUCUUUCUCUUCGCCUCAGGACGAUGUCUCUGCCACUUCGAGGAGCGAUCAUGGUGCUGCAUACCCGGAAGCAGGGUACUUUCACAAACUUGGCAACCCACAAAUGGUUCGAAUGGCGUCGGAUUAUUCUGUAGUGAUGCCUGGACACCAUUUUCCUAGCUACAUUGCUCAGCCUGCUCCUCUGCCUCCAUGCCCAAGGGAAACGAUUUGUUGGCCUUCUCAUACGGCUUGAAAGCAGAGCUUUCCUUUUGCCUUGCACAAAUAUUUUCCCCCUCUAAAGAAGGAGAAGAUCUAGAGGUUCCAAUAUCAGAGUUUUUUUUUAGGUUUGAGAAAUCAAAAGAGUGUAGGCACAGGGGAGAACUGUAUUUUUUCUUCAUCAGUGGUGAUUAUGUGAUAAUUAAUCAAUAAUAAGGACGAGUAUUAAGGAGAUUGUAGUUGGGCUUUUACAUUUGGGCUUUAGAGGAGGACUGACUAAACUCUUGGCCAGUUGAGAAAUCCUAUACAUGCUAAGUGUAUUUGAAAAUUCGGACUAAAUUAGUCUAUUAGUGUACUGUUUCGGACCAAUUUAAUGUAUUAACUCUUAAAAUUAUAUAACUAUAAUAUGUUAUUGUAUAACAAUAUUAUAUAAUCACCUUUUUCAUGUGUUGUAGGAGACCAAAAUAUGACUAUAUUUAUAAGAUAAUUUUCUUAAUACCGACUAGUUUUUAGUUGCUAUGACGAGGCAUGUGUGAGAUUGAUGAGAAGGAAGACGGGGAGCAGAAGGAAAGUCAAGAGACUGAGGGACGGUGAGGCAGACAUUUUGCUGGAGGAGGGGGGACAACAAAAGUUUGGCAAGACUGGUUAUAGAGAGAUUAGAACAAUGUGAUUCAAUGUGCAUAGAGCAUGCCAUUGAUAGCAUGUAUCAAUAGGGUGUUAAACAGAAUAGAAGGGAAAACUUGAUUGAUUUAUUCAGUGAUCAACGUAGAGAUUAAAUACAUCAAGUAUAA